GGCGGUCUGCGGGCUGCGACACUCGCGUUCCACCCACCGCUGCGGACGCACGUUAUGGCGGCCACGCGCUAACUGAAAAUCGUGCAGUGCUGUGAAUUGUACGCUCCAAUCUCUUCGAAUACCAAUUCCAUUACAAAACAUCAUGAUAAGGUCAAAAGGCGACAUGGCGUCGCCAAGAUUUUCGACCGUUUUGCUGGCAGCAUUCCAUCUUUUUACCGUAUGCUGGGGAGGUCCGGUGGGUCCGCUACCGAAUGUAACGAGCGUCGAUUUGGGACUUAAGGAAGGUAGUUGCGCGCUAGGAGACGUGGUAUAUCUACCCGGAGACGAAUUCCCAGGUUCAGACCCCUGCGAGAAGUGCAAGUGCUCCGAUGGAGGAGGAGUCCAAUGUGAGAAGCAGCAAUGCGAAUCCAGGCCUGGCUGCAAGGCUGUGCAUCGACCCGACCAUUGCUGUCCAACGUAUCAGUGUGAUUGCGAGCAAGAAGGCCGUGUCUACGACAACGGUGAAAAGUUGGUCGAUCCUGCAGAUCCCUGCCGCGUGUGCUACUGCCAGGGGGGAGAGGUAGUCUGCAGACGGAUCGCUUGCUUCGUCAGAGAUGACUGCACUCCUCGGCUUGUGCCCGGUAGAUGUUGUCCUGAAUACGACAACUGUCCUGUCAGAGGGGUAACCAUGCUUCCUGGCGUCUCUUCCUUGCCGCCCAACCUUUCACCUACAGAAGAUAUCAAGGGUAGUGCUGCACCAACUGCUCCUAAAGAAAAUCUUAAACAAGAAUUCACUAUUAAGGAAAUAACACCAGUAUCUGAGAUUCCUAUAAUGAAUGAUGUGAAAAUUAAAAAGAUCUUACCGUUUCCAAGUAUCGACGUUGCCGAGUAUUCGUCGUCGAAGUCUCCUCCUAUCACAAGAGAAGCUACUUCUGAGAUAUCCGUUAAAACAGAAUCUGAAAUCGUCAAAACAGACGCUCCUACGAUCACUGAAGUCCAUCAGAAAGAGAGUGACAAGAAGCCAGAUGAUACACAGCCCUCUAAAAUAAGUUUUUCUACUCAAGAUUCUAUUAACAGUGAUAUUUAUUCGUCGAAUGAAUCAACUGUCACAAAUGGAUUACCUACAGCUCCAUCUGUGACUACAACUAAAGCACCGAUCAUUGAAGAAGAAGACACAUCACUUUUUGAUCAUAACCCAGCAUUCCCACCUAUUCCAGACGAUUUAGCAGUCUUGAGCAACCACGGAGAUGAAAUCGUACCCGAGCCAUCUGCAGAGGGCGACCACAUGACUGUGCACGACACCGUUCCCAGCUUGCCUUCAAUAGAGCCAAAGCUUGAAGAACCUAUUGAACCUAAAGAAAUCUCUGACAUUAUACUGACAACUGAAAAGCCAUCGGUCACUUCAAUCGAAACUAGUACAACAGCUAAACAAGAAAGCACUACAGUUGUAGAACAGCUCAAAGAAAGCCCAAUGCUUAAUUUGAGGUCCGCUAUACCAACUGAGAUACUCAACGCUCCAUCUCUUGUACCAGCAGACACCGGGGAGCCGUUAGAUGAUGGCAUAACUACUGAUGUACCAGAAAUAUCCUCAACCACAGAGGAAACCGAAACGUCUAAAGAAAGCUCUAACCACACUAUCGAAGUUUCUGAAACUCCUGUUAUCGAAUCUUUUGCUACAACUACAGGUGCAGAAUUAGACACAACCACACCUAAAGUAUCCACUGAACAUGAAAUUGAAGUCACCACUAAAGACCUGGAACAAACGACCAGUUCGAUAGCAAAAUCAAAUAGCGCAACGGAAGUGACGUCUCAUACUGAAAUUAGUUCUUUACCGAUUGAAACGAGUGAUCAAAAUCCACACGAGUCUGAAGCUGUGGUGAAAGAUAAAAUCGUAGACUCUACUAUCGACCCUUUUGCAACUAGCGCUAAGGUUUCACCGUCUGAAGUAAUAACCGUUUCAAGGGCGGUGUCAAAUGAAGAUAACGUAUUUGAAAACGUUGAAACUACUGAAUUUAUUUUAACAUCGUUUGGCUCUUCCGAAACUGCCACCGAUUCUGUCGAAUUGAUCAAAAUAUCUGGUGAUCCUGAGAAAAGUGCUCAGAUAGUUGUAGAGCCUGAAGAGAAGAGGAAUAGUGUACUCGCUGAUUUAAUUAAUCUAGUUAGCGACGUAGCCACGAUUAACGACCACACUGAAAACCCUAAUAAGGAACAAGCACCGAAACCAACUAGUAUAUCUGAUUCUGAAGAACUCAUACCAGUCAACGCUGGGUACAAAAGCAAGAACAGUAAUUAUAAUCAAAACUCUAUAACUGAAAUUCCUUACAAAUCAAAAAAUACUCCAGGAAACCGUCAAAAAGUAGUCGAAAUAGAAGACGACGAAUCUGAGAGUAUUACUGAUCUUCCGGCACCACACGACAAGGUGGAACCUACCACACGCCGACCGAUUAUCGAUAAUGUGUCGGACAAAAAGAUGGAGAACAAAACUCAGGAAAAAGAUACCGAAAUCAUAACGCAGUCUUACGUCCCGACGAUCAACAGACGGCCGAUAAAGGUCAUCAUGAAGAAAAAUAACGACAGGCCGGUUACUGAGUCACCCGAAGGCUCACUGGUAUCUGUCUCGAGUGAGGCCUUUACUGAUGACAUAACCGACACCACAGAGAAUAGCGUGGCUGCAGAGGAGAAGAAACGUACAGAAGAUUCCACGGAAACCGUGCUGGUCACAGAGGCUCAAUGAGGGUCUCCUGACUACUUCCGAAACCUCAGCUUUCAGCAUUUCAUAGAAAAUAAGUUUCGUUCUUGAAACUGUAAGUUAAACUUAGAGACAAUUAGUUAGUGACCCUUCCGGGACUUGAUUGUAUCCAUUGUCAAUUGAAGUCCGUGUCAGCGGGAGCUUUAGUAUAAUAAUCGUAGAUGGUCGAAAUAUUCGAUCGACUUAAGUGAAAUUUGGACAAACUAUAGUUAAGAUAGGCAACAAGGCGCAUCGCGUCACAUGUGUCAAAUUAUGAGUUAAGCUGGAGUUCCAAUCCUUUUUACCACACGACGUUGCCAGUCGUCGCUGUCGGGAUUCCGCCAUGGGUUUCCCUAUGUAGUAAGUAAGUUAUUUAUUUUAGUGAGAGAUUCUCGAGUGAUAGGUGAGCAAUCUAGCUAGUCAUGGAGUGAGAGCGCAGCCUCUGCGCUCCUAGAAGCCACGUUGCCAUACUGCUAUCUUAUAAAGAACAUGACAAACACAUACUCUGAAAUUUCAUAGCACGAAACGAUCUUAUGAUAAUUUAAUGAAGAAAUAAACUUUAUUUCGUACGUUAUAAGAAUAAUUGUUGUAUGUUAACGUUUUGCGUUGUAUGUGUACUGACAUUCCAUAGAUGUAGUUCCUUUAUAUCGAUGUAACACAGUGAGUGAUCCAGUUCAUCAAAACUGGGUUGAGUGCCGCGGAGACAACAACAUUGGGUACAAAAAUGAAUUUUAAAAUUGAAACAACCUUAUGAAAUAUCUCUAGUGUAUCUCUAGUUUAGAGUGUAAAUGUGAACGCACAUAUUCGUAGUUUAUAUAUUGCACCAAUUCGGACGAUCGCUAUCAAUCAAUAAGUCCAUACACAAAAUAAUUGUCAAGUGUUUCCGGUACUUUACCAUAUCAUAUUAGAUAUUUUCUUGAAAACGCUUUCUGCAGUUGUCAAAUUUGAUAGCGAUCAUUUAUUAUUAUGAAGCAUUCUUUGACGAGGCUCAGUGGUAGAGUUGAAGUUAUGUGUUAUCGAUUUUUUCGUAUGAACAUUACGUUGUGUUGUCUGCAGCCGGUCGCAGCACGUGCCAGCAUGUUGCCCCGGAAGACCUUUUCUUUUCCCGGGUAAUAAGCGCACGUGUUCACUGUUUUAUUUAAAUAUUUGUUUUUUUUUAUAAUCAAUUAAAGAAACCUAGACUGAU